CAAGAUGGUGGCGCUGGGUUCGGGGUGACUGGCAGUAGACGACAGAGCCUGAAUCCCCUUCGCCGGAACCUCGACACACCGCCUUCCUCCCGCUCACGCACCCCGCUGCCACUUAGCCAUCCGCCGGCCUGCGCGCUCGCCUUCCGCCGCCGCCUCGGACUUGGGCUUCAUCUUGCGGACCCAACGCUUCGGGCAGCGGGCGGCGGCGCCUCCCUCGGCGCGUCUCGGGGUCGCGCUCGGAGCAGUCCGCAGCCCAGCCCCGGCUCGGCGGGCCCCGCAGCUCCCCAGCGCGGACAGGCGGCGGCUGGCGGCGAGCUCGGGUUCUCUUGCGGCCCCGGCGCCCCCUUUCCCGGCCUCCGUCUCCGGAGAAGGAAGCGCGGGUCCCGCAUGAGCCCCGGCGGUGGCGGCAGCGACAGGGAACGAGGCGGUGGCGGGCGGAGGCGGCGAGCGAAGGCUACUGCGACCAGUGAGGCAGCCGCGGCUGCGAGGGCCACGGCCCGGGCGCGGGGGCGACCGCAGGUUAAAAAUCUGUAAGAACCUGAUUUUAGAAUUCACCAGCUCCUCAGAAGUUUGGCGAAAUAUGAUUUGGCCUGGCUAUACAGUUUGAUAGGGAAAUAAUCAAGGGGAAGAACUACUUGCACAAAGAGUUCUCGAUCCUGGGUUAUUUCAGAUCUUUGCCAGAACUAUAUAGGAUUAGGAUGCUUGAGUUAUUAAACCUACGCUCAGAUCAAGUUAGCAGCUAAACUGGUGUGACAACCUGUUUUUAAUCAGUGACUCAAAGCUGUGAUCACCCUGAUGUCACCGAAUGGCCACAGCUUGUAAAAGAUCGCCAGGAGAACCUCAGUCUGACGACAUCGAAGCUAGCCGAAUGAAGCGAGCAGCUGCAAAGCAUCUAAUAGAACGCUACUACCACCAGUUAACUGAGGGCUGUGGAAAUGAGGCCUGCACGAAUGAGUUUUGUGCUUCCUGUCCAACUUUUCUUCGUAUGGAUAACAAUGCAGCAGCUAUUAAAGCCCUCGAGCUUUAUAAGAUUAAUGCAAAACUCUGUGAUCCUCAUCCCUCCAAGAAAGGAGCAAGUUCAGCUUACCUUGAAAACUCGAAAGGUGCCCCUAACAACUCCUGCUCUGACAUAAAAAUGAACAAGAAGGAAGGACAAGGAGCAAGAGAUGAUUUUAGAGAUGUGACUUACCUAACAGAAGAGACGGUGUAUGAAAUUCUUGAAUUAUGUAGAGAGAGAGAGGAUUAUUCCCCUUUAAUCCGUGUUAUUGGAAGAGUUUUUUCUAGUGCUGAGGCAUUGGUACAGAGCUUUCGGAAAGUCAAACAACACACCAAGGAAGAACUGAAAUCUCUUCAAGGAAAGGAUGAAGACAAGGAUGAAGAUGAAAAGGAAAAAGCUGCAUGUUCUGCUGCUAUGGAAGAAGAUUCAGAAGCAUCUUCUUCAAGGAUAAGUGAUAGUUCACAAGGAGAUAACAACUUACAAAAAAUAGGCCCUGAUGAUGUGUCUGUGGAUAUUGAGGCCAUUAGAAGGGUCUAUACCAGAUUACUCUCUAAUGAAAAAAUAGAAACUGCUUUUCUCAAUGCACUUGUGUAUUUGUCACCUAAUGUGGAAUGUGACUUGACGUAUCACAAUGUAUACUCUCGAGAUCCUAAUUAUCUGAAUUUAUUCAUUAUUGUAAUGGAGAAUAGAAAUCUACACAGUCCUGAAUAUCUGGAAAUGGCUUUGCCAUUGUUUUGCAAAGCAAUGAGUAAGCUACCCCUUGCAGCCCAAGGAAAAUUGGUUAGACUGUGGUCUAAAUACAGUGCAGACCAAAUUCGUAGAAUGAUGGAAACAUUUCAGCAACUUAUUACUUACAAAGUCAUAAGCAAUGAAUUUAACAGUCGGAAUCUAGUGAAUGAUGAUGAUGCUAUUGUUGCUGCUUCAAAGUGCUUGAAAAUGGUUUACUAUGCAAAUGUAGUGGGUGGGGAAGUGGACACAAAUCACAAUGAAGAAGAUGAUGAAGAGCCCAUCCCUGAAUCCAGUGAAUUGACACUUCAGGAGCUUUUGGGAGAGGAAAGAAGAAAUAAGAAAGGUCCUCGAGUGGACCCAUUGGAAACUGAACUUGGUGUUAAAACUCUGGAUUGUCGAAAACCACUUAUCCCUUUUGAAGAGUUUAUUAAUGAACCACUGAAUGAUGUUCUAGAAAUGGAUAAAGAUUAUACUUUUUUCAAAGUAGAAACAGAGAACAAAUUCUCUUUCAUGACAUGUCCCUUUAUAUUGAAUGCUGUCACAAAGAAUUUGGGAUUAUAUUAUGACAAUAGAAUUCGCAUGUACAGUGAACGAAGAAUCACUGUUCUCUACAGCUUAGUUCAAGGACAGCAGUUGAAUCCAUAUUUGAGACUCAAAGUCAGACGUGACCAUAUCAUAGAUGAUGCACUUGUCCGGCUAGAGAUGAUCGCUAUGGAAAAUCCUGCAGACUUGAAGAAACAGUUGUAUGUGGAAUUUGAAGGAGAACAAGGAGUUGAUGAGGGAGGUGUUUCCAAAGAAUUUUUUCAGCUGGUUGUGGAGGAAAUCUUCAAUCCAGAUAUUGGUAUGUUCACAUAUGAUGAAUCUACAAAAUUAUUUUGGUUUAAUCCAUCCUCUUUUGAAACUGAGGGUCAGUUCACUCUGAUUGGCAUAGUGCUGGGUCUGGCUAUUUACAAUAACUGUAUACUGGAUGUACAUUUUCCCAUGGUUGUCUACAGGAAGCUAAUGGGGAAAAAAGGAACUUUUCGUGACCUAGGAGACUCUCACCCUGUCCUCUAUCAGAGUUUAAAAGAUUUAUUGGAAUAUGAAGGGAAUGUGGAAGAUGACAUGAUGAUCACUUUCCAGAUAUCUCAGACAGACCUCUUUGGUAAUCCCAUGAUGUAUGAUUUAAAGGAAAAUGGUGAUAAAAUUCCAAUUACAAAUGAAAAUAGGAAGGAAUUUGUCAAUCUCUAUUCUGACUACAUUCUCAAUAAAUCAGUAGAAAAACAGUUCAAAGCUUUUCGGAGAGGUUUUCAUAUGGUGACCAACGAAUCUCCUUUAAAGUAUUUAUUCAGACCAGAGGAAAUUGAAUUGCUUAUAUGUGGAAGCCGGAAUCUAGAUUUCCAAGCACUAGAAGAAACUACAGAAUAUGACGGUGGCUAUACCAGGGACUCUGUUCUGAUUAGAGAGUUCUGGGAAAUCGUUCAUUCAUUUACAGAUGAGCAGAAAAGACUCUUCUUGCAGUUUACAACAGGCACAGACAGAGCACCUGUGGGCGGACUAGGAAAAUUAAAGAUGAUUAUAGCCAAAAAUGGCCCAGACACAGAAAGGUUACCUACAUCUCAUACUUGCUUUAAUGUCCUUUUACUGCCGGAAUAUUCAAGCAAAGAAAAACUUAAAGAAAGAUUGUUGAAGGCCAUCACUUACGCCAAAGGAUUUGGCAUGCUGUAAAAAAAAAAAAAAAAAAAAAAAAAAGAAAGAAAAGAAAAGAAAAAGAAAAAGAAAAAAAAGGAAAAAGAAAUUUAAAAUUUUAAUAAAUAUAAUGAGGGAUAAAAUUGGUGGUGAUAGUGUCCCAGUACAAACAGGCUGUAAGAUAGUGAACCACAGUAGUCACCUAUGUCUGUGCCUCCCUUCUUUAUUGGGGAUAUGUGGGCUGGAACAGCAGAUUUCAGCUACUUAUAUGAACAAAUCCUUUAUUAUUAUUAUUUUUUUUUUUUUUUGCGUGAAAGUGUUACUUAUUCUUUCACUUGUAUGUACAGAGAGGUUUUUCUGAAUAUUUAUUUUAAGGGUUAAAUCACUUUUGCUUGUGUUUAUUACUGCUUGAAGUUGAGCCUUUUUGAGUAUUUAAAAAAUAUAUACCAACAAAACUACUCUCCCAAGGAAAAUAUUGCCACCAUUUGUAGACUGUGUAACCUUCAAGUAUGUGCUACUUUCGUCCCUGUAUCUAACUCCAAUCAGGAACUGUGUUUUGUUUUUUUUUUGUUUUUGUUUUUUGUUUUUGUUUUUUUUUUUUGUUUUUUUUUAAACAAUUUGCUUUGAAACUUGAAGUCUUGAAAACAGUGUGAUGCAAUUGCUGCUGUUCUAGUCCCCAAAGAGUUUUCUGUGCAAAAUCUUGAAAUCAAUAAAGAUGGAAGGGAGAACUUGAAAUGUUUUAACUGCAGCCCUCAGAACUUUACUUUUAGUGACAGCACAACAAAUUAAAAACAACUCAUGCCACAGUAUGUCGUCUUCAUGUGUCUUGCAAUGAACUGUUCCAGUAGCCAAUCCUUUUUCUAGUAUAUGAAAGGACAGGGAUUAUUUUGUUGUUGUUGUUGUUGUUGUUGUUGUUGUUUUAAGUUUACUGGGGAAAAGUGCAUUUGGCCAAAAGAAAUGGUAAUCACGCCUGUUGCAAGAAAGCUAGGAAGUUUGUUGUUUAUUAUAAACACAAAGCAUGUGAAAGUGCACUUAACAUAAAUUUUUUAUUAAUUACUUAUUACCUGCAUUUUAAAUAGACAAUCCAAAGUCUUCCCUUCAUGUUGCCAUCAUCUUGUCUAAUCAGCCAUUUUAUCAAGGCACAUGAUCAGUGUUGCAACAUAAUGGAAAGGAUGGCUAUUGUGCCUUGUUAUUUAAUCAUACAUUAAACAGACCUGGAAGUGAAUGGAACUAUUACUCUUAAGUCCUACUUACAUUGUAUAUCCCCAAAGAUUAAGUUUUACUUCAAAAAGUAAGUGUUAAAUAUUACUUUCAUGUACUAUGGAAAAGUACAAAUAGGUUUAAAUUACUGGGCGUUCAGAAGUACGUAGUUUCCCCUUUCUAGUCUUCUGUGUCUGUGAUGUUAAUUUCUUUUAUUGCAAUAUAAAAUAAAAGGAUUAUGUAUUUUUAACUAAGGAGAGACAUAUGGAUAUAUCCUUUUACUACAAGCUACAUACAGCUGAUGAGCUGAGCUUGUGCUUUGAUGAUUGUUUUAACAGACUACGAUAGAUCAGCCUGAUGAUUUGUGAAAUUGGCAGGAAAAAUACAGCUUUUCAAAUCAGUGGAGGGGAAAAUGGAUGUCUUUCAGGAUUAUUUUAAUUAUUUUAGUAAUUGAGACAGAUCUGUUAUGUACCAUAAUGCUAAAUAAAACAGUGACAUUUUUCAUCAUAAUUUAGUGGAAAAAGAAAACAGUGCUUUCCAUCUUGUGAUAAGGUAACCUUUUUUUGUUGUUGUUUUUUCUGGGCCAGCCUUUAGAAACACUGUUAAGGUAUGUACACUACCUUGAUGCAAGGGACUCUCAUGAUACUACAGUCAUCUUAAAGAGUGUCUCAUCCAUGUGCUUGUGUAUAAUGAAAGGAGAGAAAUCAAAUACUCUGGGGGCAUUUUAUAUAAUAAAUUCGUGAAGAAAUGUGUGCUCUUCAGUUCUCAAGUUCUAUUAUCACAGUAUUGAAGUUCUAUAAUUGUAUUAACAUAUCUGUAUGAAGUUUGUGAAUGGUAAUUGAGUAUAGGUUAUCAGAUAUAGAAUUCACAUCAAAUAGACUUUUAACAAACAGUUCAAAAUAAACCUACCCUUAAAAAUA